CAAAAUAACUUUGCAUUAAUCUGACUAAUUACCUAAAAUAUCCGCUCAUUUUAUUGAUCUGAAGCUUUAAUUGACUGAACUUAGUUUCCUAAUGAAAGGUCCACUGAAUUUUAUUCAGGUGAGAAAUCAAAUACUGCAACAACAAUAAAAUCAGAAACUACAACUGGAAACACAACAAAAGAGCUGGAAAUCAUGGAUGAUUCAACAAAAUUACAAGGCUCAUGCUGGUACAGGCUCAUCAUAGUGCCUCUGGGUUUAGCAGCACUUAUAGCAGCUGUUGUGGUCAUCAACAUCUGGACAAGAGCUGGUGUGUAAAGAUGGUGAACAAUGAAAAAGUCCAGUCUACUGAAGUAGCUUGACCAACCCUCCAGCUUCUAUCAGAUCUCACUGAUCAGCACAUCAACAAGCUUUAUAUUUGCACGAGGAGCAGAAGCUUUUAAAAAGAGAAUCGUUGUUUUUGCCUUAGUCACAGUUUGGACAACAAUUUGAAAUCUUGAUAUGAUCUUUUUAGAACCACAGUGACUUUUCUAAAAUACCUGCCUGCAUCAGCUGUAAAAAGCUCUUUCUCCUUGUACUGUGUUUUUUGGAGGUGUACAUUGUUAUUCAUCAGUUUUCAGCAGGCAGGGGUAGCUUUUGGGGGUUUUCUGGACCACAAAAAUAGAAACACGUUUGACAUGUUGUUUUCUCUUUCUGCAGAAGCCUCCUGUACAGCAUGGUUGUUGUAAAAAGAAAUACACAUACAAAUAUUUUUCUUUUACAUCUGCAUUUGCUGAUCAUUUCUGAAUUUGAAAAACAUGCUCUCACUAUUAUUUCCAAAACACUCCUGUUGGCACUUUAAUCUUGGGUAAUAGAUUUCAAAGCCAUUUUUCAUUUCUUUCUUUUUCAGCUGCAGAAAGUUAGUUUAAAGUUUUGAGCUUAGUUUUAUGAGCCUGAGCCUGGAUACAAAGUAAUUUGUAUGUGGUCGAAUCUGGUCUGCGCUCAAAUGAGUUUUGAUUGAUGAUGAUGUAAUCACACACACAGUUAUCUUUAAUGGAUUUGAACAUAAUGCAAUCUUUAAAAUAAAUAAAAAUUCUAAGCAGAAAGUCUGUUUUGCAUCUCUCACUUCAGUCACUUUUGGUGUCUUGUUUCCAGUCUUUAACUCUCAUGUUAUUUUAAGAACAACCACUUCUACCUGUCCCAGUUCCAUAAGUACACCUUAUCUUCGUUCAUUUCUCUCCUUUGAACUCUUUGACAACCCUUCCCAGCAUCCUGUGACCAGUUUGUGCUUUCAUGACUACAAAUGUAAAUUUGGAUUGGAUAUUUGCCCUAUCCUGUUAGCUUCUCUAUUUGACUUUAAAGUACAUUUAAAUAUGCCAUUCAGCCACAACUUUGAGACCUGCCUGUCACAGUCAGGCUGCAAAGCUGACUGUGUGAAUAAAGGAGGUGAACCCAAGCGCAGACACUCUAAAACAAAACUCAAGCUUAACAGAAAGCGAGACAUUUAUUAAGGCUGGUAAGACAUUACAAAACAAAAGGCAGAGGUGAUGCUAAACAAUAACCUAAACUGGGGAAAUUAAAGAUAAACAUAAAAAACCCAAAACAUGACGUGGAUACGUGAUACGUGACACAUGAUACAUGGAACAUGGUGGUGCAAAGGACAAAAGACAACCUGACACUGAACAAAGUAGGACAAAGGACUUCAGUACACACAGAGAUAAUGAGGGGGUGUGGAACAGGUGGGAACACAGCUGGGACAAAUCAGACCUAAUGAGACAAGGAACACUGCACAUAGGACAGGGACUUUCACAGUAAAACAAGAAACAGAGUGGAAUCCAGACAUGGCAACACAAGCUUGACAAUAUGAACAAGAAGACAAGAAACAUGACAGACUAACACAGAUGACUUAAGUAAAACAAAUGAUAAUCCUAUUACAUAACAUAUUUAAAGGAAUAACUUAAAGACUCAAAGCACUGCCCAAAAGCUUAUCUCCAUCUAUACAAGGACAAGUGACCUCUGAGGAAGUUAGAGGAAGCAUGACUUCAUCUGUGAUAUCUGAAACAACUCAUUUGGACUGUCUGCAGUGUUUAUGUGGCAGCUUUGUGUAUCCUAUCUCAUGUCAAGGCUUUCAUUGGGGAGUGUGAACAUUUCAUUCUGUGGAUUGCAUUGCUCUACUGAAAAUAAAUCUCUUGUAAACUGGUUCAUUCAUUAUAGAAGGUGAUAAUUUAUACUUUGCAUGUCCCACUUCUAGUAAACUUUUCCCCUAAAAAGCAUGAUUGGAUACUGAAAUGUUUAAACAUAAAGAAUCAUUCAUCUUCUGCAGCUUUAAAAUAUCUAAAAGACACUCUGUGGUUUUUUGACCUGUGUCUGGUCGUCAUUAGAGGUUAAAACCUGCAGAGUUAUGCUGGUGCUGUCGUAUCCACAUUUGCACCAAAGCACUUCCCCUUCAGUUCUCAGAAAGAGACACUUAAAUAAGAUGUAAUGAGGAAGAAAUGAUGUACCAAUGAAGUGACAACAGUUGAGCCUGUGAGUUUGUUGCCUCUGCACAUCUAUGCAGAUUAAUGUUUCUACCCUGUUGGCCUUACUUUCAGUCACGAAUAAAAAAAGAGAGAAUGAAAUUUACAGUAAUCUUCCAGUUUGUUUUAAUGAGACAGUCUGAGCUGAAAAUUAUAUGAUUCAAAUGUUUACUAUUAACAACAUAGCCAUGAGCCACAAAAAACAAACAAACAAUAUGUUGAACUUUCUGAAAGUGUAAUAACCAACACCCUCAGCUGUGAGAACAGUUUGCUGUUACACUUAGUUUAAAUGUCUAAAGGACAUUUAGUGUGUGAAGCGUCUGUGUUUCUGACGGUAACACUUCUACAUUUUCACCAACUCUGCCCCUUCACUUCUCAGAAAAACAACACUUCACAGACACAGUGAGGGACCAACAAGUAUCAGAGCAAGAAGACAUAGUCUUACCUUCACAAACGGACAGUGGGAUUAUCAUAAGUCACUGAGCAACAUUCGGCUGUCUGUUCUACGUGGUCGUUUUAGUUUUACAGGGUUUGAGGGCCUGCAGUGACCUGUGACCUCUUUAAUAUUGUUUCGUUCCCCAGCCAUUUUAUAAACAACAGAAAUUGUCAGAGAAAGGACUUCCUGAACAGUUAGCGUGAGAUAGUGAGAUAACAACCACAGGAACCGCCACAGGGAGCACGACUUUAAAGUCUGCGACUGUCAUUACUGUGAGAAACAGGAAGGAGAAAUACCGAGAAGCAUGAUGGCUGAAUUCAGAUGGAUUCACAUGUUUUUAUCAGUGAUACUAAUGCUUCAAUUAACAGGAGCACUAAGUGGAGAUCUUUCACUCUCCUUCACUGUCAGAGAUGGAGAUAAAGUCACUUUGCCUUGUGAAAAUGUGAUGAAGAAUCAUCACAACUGUAACGCUAUCAACUGGCUCUUCAUUGAAUCAAGAAGCACACCAGAAGUAGAGCUGGUUAAUCAUGGACAGAUCAAAGAAAAGGCCAAAUCAGACAGACUGAGUGUUACAGCAGAAUGCUCACUGGUUAUAAAGAAGGUCACAGCUAAGGAUGUUGGUCGUUACACCUGCAGACAGUUUAGAGACAAUCCAGGGAAAAAGCAAGGUCCAGAUGCUGUGGUUUACCUGUCUGAUGUCAUCAUGACUGAACAGAAGAACACUGAUCAAGUGACUUUAAACUGCUCUGUGCAGGUACAUGGACAUUGUGAACACAAAGUGAAGUGGAUCCAUGACAGUGGAGGUCUGAAUAGAGAUUACUCAAACAUAAAAACAUUACAGUCGCCCUGCUCUGCUGCUGUUACUUUUAUAAAGUCAUCAUACAGUCACAUAUCUAACUCUGACUUUAAGUGUAACGUAACAACAGAAAAAAACAAAGAGCAGCUUUUUACCUUCAGGCCUCAUUCAUCAGAUACAGUAACAUCAGCAACAACAACAACAACAAGAAAAGUAACAACAACAAGAACAACAAGGACAACAAGGACAACAAGAACAAAAUCACAGACUGAUGACCCAGGUGCAGCUCUGGUGUGGCCGUACAUCCUCGUGGCUGUCAUUUCAGCCGCACUUUUAAUCUUUGCUGUGAAACUGAUUGUACUGAAGAGAGGGACCAAAACACAAGCCAAUGAAAAUGCGGAUCAUGAAGAUGGUGUUUCCUACAUCUCCAUCAGCUACACCAACAAGGCUAACAGUGAAAAUAAAGUUCGGGAUAAAUGUGAGAGUGAUGAGACAGUUACCUACUCCACUGUGAAAGCUUCCUCCACAGAUCCCAGCAGCCUCUAUGCUACCAUAGAGUAAACAAAAAGGAAACUUAAUCAUCAGGUCAUUGCUUCUGUGAAAAAGCUUCGUCCCUAUAAGAAUUAUCGGUUUGCUCAGUUUAAAAGGAGGAAGCAGUUGUGUGAGUGCUUAAAAAGCAGAAUUUGUGACACAUUUUGUUUUGUAACAUUUGAAAGGCUUUCAGUUUUAUUUUAUCUUUUGUUCAAAGUUUUGAAAUGAUGUACAUAGAUGUGUUUAUUUUGCUAUUUGCCUGUAAAUUUUCUAAAACUGCAGUAAUUUAUAAGUUUAGUUUCAUUUUUUCCAUAAACAAUUAUUCAAACAUUUGUGUCUCAUUACUCUAAGCAUCAAAAGCAGGAUUAAAUGGAAUCAGGCAUGAGAGGGAGAGGAUAUAUCUUUACCUGUAUGAAAAACACAAUUUUACAUGAAUGAAUGAGAAAGUUUUAUUAUGUUGGUUGCAUUUCUCUACUGACAACAAACCUUCCCUCUGGUGAGCAGGUUUUUUCACAAAGGGCUUAAACUUAUCUAAAUGAAGAAAUUCAGUUCAAGACACCUGAGAUUGAUCAUAAAUCAGGACACAUACAUAUGAGAGUUAAAGUGAAAGGAGACAAGAUCCACUGCAAGUUUAGAAUAUCUAAAGGACACACAGGCUACACACACAGUGACAUUAAACUGCUCUGUGUCCACAUAUGAAGAAUACAAAUACACUGUGAAAUGACUAUAUAACAAUGACAAUGGCGUGUGGAUAUCACAGUCUACCUGCUCAGCUAGUGUGACCUUUACAACAUCUGAUCAUAUUUACCAAUCCAACAAUUGUUGGAGAUUUUGAAGUGCAAAGUGACACAUGGUGGAAAAGGUGGACGGUGCAUGUUUUUCCCAUUGACUGACUUGGAGAGUGGCCUAAAAAGUAAAUAACAGCACAGGUCAGUGUUGAACAGAUUUAAGCACCUGCUCCGAUCAAAGUUUAGUGUUGGAUUAUUUAGACCUUGAUCAGAUCAAUAACAUUGAACAAAUACAUUUAUUUCAUUACAUGACAAACUUAUUGUCAUCUGUGAAGUCAGUGAAAACAGUUGUUCAGUAAAGUUACAGUCAUGACCACAACCAUACCCAAGUAUAUUACUUUAACCAGGACUAAUGAACUUUCCCUGAACCUGCAAACGUUUUUGGACCUUAGGUGUUUUUUUUAACCACAAGGGUGUAUAGACAAAAUACAACAAUAGGAAACCCAACAACAG